AUGUCCUUCUUGUUCAAGUCUUCCAAGAAGGGUGCUCCCGGUCCACAGCCUUCCACAUCAAAUGUCUCCGCACCGCUGCCACCUGCGAAUAGGGGACUGCGAUCAUCAGAUGGCAGCGGUCCUGAGAGCCAGAUCCCUACGCUGAACGGAGUCGCGCACAUGGGACAGAGCAGCAAGCCGAGCUCUCCCACGCCCAGUCAUGGUGUGAGCAACAGCUUGGACUCGCUUGCGAAGGAGAGAGGCGCUUCGGGACAGAGACCACAGGAGGAUCGCGUGGCCAGUCUGAGAGAAGAUCGUUCGCGCAGCGCUGGACCGCCGAGCCCCGAACAGAAGAGCUUGAGAGAAGGGAGUAGGGAGACCAGUCGGGAUGCGGUGAGUUCACAUCCACAGACGCCUUCAAAUCUCGGCCGGAGUCGGGAACAUCAGACUGAUGCGUACUUCCACGAGCAGCAGCACAGACUCCCGAUGCAGACGAGACCUACAGGAGAUGCCUCGCCCUAUCCGUGGUCUCAGCGACGGAUUAACUUUACAGUCACGCACACGAACCCUUUCCCUCGAUACGGCGCAGCUGUCAAUUCGACCGCCAGCAAGGAUGGCUCGAUAUAUCUCAUGGGCGGUCUCAUCAAUGGCAGCACAGUCAAGGGCGACCUGUGGAUGGUAGAAGGAAGUUCGCCAAGUUUGACUUGUUUUCCAGUUGCGACCACCAGUGAAGGUCCGGGUCCAAGAGUGGGACACGCAAGCUUGUUAGUUGGCAACGCCUUCAUCGUUUUCGGUGGAGAUACCAAGAUGGACGAGGGCGAUAUGUUGGAUGACACCUUAUAUCUUCUCAACACAUGUACGUGACCUACUUGACCCAUUGGAAGAGAUUGCACACUGACACCUUCAAGCAACCAAGCAAUGGUCAAGAGCGCUACCAGCCGGCCCGCGACCUCCAGGAAGAUAUGGGCAUACCUUGAAUAUUUUGGGCAGCAAGAUUUACAUUUUUGGAGGUCAGGUCGAGGGCUACUUCUUUAAUGACCUGGUCGCGUUUGAUCUGAAUGCCCUGCAGCAAUCCUCCAACAAGUGGGAAAUCUUGAUCCAGAACACAAUCGAUGGAGGGCCACCGCACGGCCAAAUUCCGCCCGCGAGAACGAAUCAUACCAUGAUCACCUGGGGUGACAGGUUAUACUUGUUUGGAGGUACAGAUGGCGUGCACUGGUUCAACGACGUCUGGUCAUACUCUCCACAUCAGAAUGCAUGGACGCAGCUGGAGGGAAUUGGCUACAUUCCAUCGCCGCGUGAAGGCCAUGCUGCCGCUCUGGUCGGAGAUGUCAUGUACGUCUUUGGUGGCCGGAAUGAGGAAGGCAAUGAUCUCGGAGAUCUUGCAGCUUUCCGAAUCAGCUCAAGGAGAUGGUACACAUUCCAAAACAUGGGACCGAGCCCUAGUCCCAGAUCAGGCCACAGCAUGACGACGAUUGGCAAGCAAGUGGUCGUGGUCGGCGGAGAGCCCAGCAGUGCACCGAGAGAUCCUGCAGAGCUCAGCCUUGGAUACUUCCUCGAUACAAGUAAGAUCCGAUAUCCGCCUGACUCGGCCUCGCAACAAUCCUCAAAUGAUCGGAUACAAGGCACGAGGCGGCCGAGCGGGGAGCGUCCUCCUGCCCAAGCCAGAGGCCAGCCUCCCAGGGAGGUCAUGGAGCGUGAGCGAUCAGGCAGCACAGAUGGACAGCGAAUACGAUCUCCGGACGGAUCGCGUCUACCCAGGCCGGGUCAAGUACCCGCGCCAUCUGGACCACCACCACCUCGAGCGCCGCCCGGACAGCCGAUGCUGCAGCCCGGCACGAGGCAACCUAGUAGACCAGAGCGGGCUUUCAGUCCGAGUAACGAGAAUGACCGACCUCAACCAUUCCAGAACAACAAUAUCGCUGCGUCAGAAGGAGCUAGGGGCUCGCCAAUGCACAGUCACAUGCCGAUGUCACCUUCGUUGGGCGACCCUGAGCCUGGAUACUACGAUGAUGGCGAUGAACAUGCCGUGGGACAAGCAACACAGAAGCCAGAAACCUAUCAGCCGUCGCAACAACAACAACAACAACAACAACAACAACAACAACAACAACAACAACAACAACAACAAAAACUACAACAAGAACAAGAACAACAACAACAGCAACAACAACAACAACCCGCUGAGCUCUACCAGAGGACAGACUCGCGAUCACAGGGACAUCGACCAGCAGACACGGUGCGCUUCGAUGAGACGCCGCGACAAUCGGAAGAUACGCAAGAGCCAGUGUCGAAGGUGCGGCAGAUGUCCGAGGACACUGAUGGACCGCAGGAUUCGGGCAUUGGAUCUUCGCCGGCUUUUGCGCAGCAAAAUCACCAUGAUUUGGCACGAGAAUUGGAAAACGCCAAGAAGCAGAACGCUUGGUAUGCUUCCGAGCUGGCCCUGGCGCGCAAGGCGGGUUAUCAGACAAGAGCAUCCGACUCUCCGGUAUUCGACGAGCGAGGCAACGAGUCUUUCGGCGACGACGACCGGCCACUCAUUGAGGCCCUCCUUAAGAUGCGUGCCGAGCUUGCAAGAGUGCAGGAAAAGAUCGACGAGCAGAGCAAGAGUGCGGCCGAGAGGGUAGCUGAGAUUGAAAGGCAGCGCGAUACCGCCAUCAAUGAGGCUGUGUUUGCAAAGGCGAAACUGGCUGGUCAAGGAAGCCCUCAGCCGGAUGGCACAAGCACACCAGACCGACACAUUGAGAUCAGCCGGCGGCUUGCUUCCUCUUUGGAGGCCCAGAGCGGAAUGAGCAAGCGCAUCGACUCGAUCAUCCAGCAGAUGGAGGCAGAGAAGAAGGCGCGCGAGCUCGCCGAAGAUACUGCAAAUGCUGCUCAGAAGCGCGUGGCAGAGCUGGACACAUACCGCCAGCAACACAGCGCCGAAGUCGAAAGCCUACGGACCGAGUUGCACGAGGCGCAAAAGGAGGCUCGUGAGGCAUCUGCGAAUCAUCAAGAAGUUCUUGCGCAGCACCGAUUGCUUAGCGUGGACAAGGACGAGCUCAGCAAGAAGCUCGAGAAUGCAUCAGCGGAAGGCCAAAGCCACAUUUCGAUCCUAGCAUCUCUCAAAGAAGCCGUGACCGCCUCCACGGACAAAGCGGAGCUGCUGGAAAAGAAGCUUGAAGAAGAGCGCCACCAGCGUGAGGACUUGGAGCGCAACCUUAGGGAGCUCCGAAGCCAACACAAUCAACGCUCGAGCGAGCUAGAGAGUACGACCAGAAGACUGCGUGAUGCCGAAGAGUUGGCGCAGAAGCAUGCUGACGAAGCUCGCACCCAUCGUGAGGUCGUAUUGGCUGGCUUCGGCAAGACUCCGGAGCGUGAUGCUGACUUGCCACACGCGGACCAAGGACGUAUCAACAUCCUGCAGCAGCAAGUCGAAGCUGCAAAUGGCAUGGUGCGACAGAACCAGGCCGCAGCCGACGCUGCCUCGGAGAAACUGCGACGUGCUGAAGAGCGCAUUGCUGGUCUUGAAGCCUACCAAGAACAGGCCAGUCGAGAAGGCCUGUCAAUCAGGAAGCAACUUCAGACUUACAUGAAGGAGAAUCAGGGCCUCGCAACCGAGAAGGCCGAGCUCGAGCAGAGGCUUGAGAGACACAUGCUCGAGACGAACGCGCUUUCGGUGCAACACGCUUCUUUGAAGGAUAUCCUUGGCGAGCGUGGCGUCAAUGCCGCAGAAAAGAGAAGGUCGAGAGCACUCGAUUCGCCGAUCAAUGCUCGCUUCAGUACGCCUGACCUCCAGCGUGUCAAGGAGCUGGAGCAGCAGCUCGAGACCAACAUGAAGAGUCACGAGGAGCUGAAGACUCAAUUCGAAGAAGUCAAUGAGCGCGGCGACAAGAUGAAACGUGAAUACGAAGAGAAGCUCACUGCUCUCGACAAUGAUCAUCAAGCGGCGGUCAAGUACCUCCGUGGCACCGAGAAGAUGCUUUCUAGGAUGAAGCAAGAACUUCAACGGGUCAAGAACGAGAAUGGAGAGCUCAAGAAGAAGAUCGACAAAGCCAAGGACGACAACGAGACCAGCCGUGCGACAACUCCUGCGCCAAACUCUGAAUGGGAGACGGAAAAGCAGAAGAUGCAAGAGGAGUUCGCCUCUACGCAGUCAACUCUGCAGAGCUCGGUCUCGAACUUGGAGAGCCAAAUCAGUACGAUGCAAGAGCAGAUGAAGAUGACGGAGUCAGAAUUGCAACAGGCAAAGGGCUUUCACACUUCAGCACAGAAAGACUUGUCCGAGCUGCAGGCGUCGCACUCGCAAUCGCAGAACGACAUCGAUCGGCUGCAGAAGGAAAAUGCCCUGCUGGAGGAACGGGCCAAGGAUGCAGAGAACAAAGUGCAGCUCCUGCUGGAUCAGGUGGAGUCUUCUGUGGAUAACUACCGCAGGCAGUCCCGGAUUUCACAGAGCGGAGCUCCUCUCAUGAACGGCACUGCACACCAGCGUCAGCCUUCUAUCAGCGAGAACAGCGAGACGAGCGGCGGAUCAAAUACCCUGACGUUGAAGACGCACAGUCGUAACGUCUCCGCGGGCGGUGAUUCGAACUACUCGUCCAGCCAAGAUCCCGAAUCUGCAGGUGGAGAUGCUCGCGACUCGCUAGCAUUGGACUCCCUCGCGAGCGAACUGGAUGCUCUGAGGACGCACUGGGAGACCACGAACAAGAACUAUCGUCUCUCGGACCGGUUCGAUUUCGAACGCACGCCUACGCAGCCUUUGACGCCCGCAGGACCGGGCGGUGGGCUUGCUGAUUGGAGGAGAGGUCUGGAACUUGAUGAUGAUGAGGAUGCGACUCGACCUGGGACCGCGAAGACGGCUAGUUCGGGCGCGCAUAGUCGGGGACACAGUAUGGAAGAGCCUGCUGGAGGCUUGCCCACGCCUACCGCCGGCGUAACCUCCACAUCUGGCCACAAUGGGAGUGAAGGGGUGAUAUAA